AUGGAGGGAAGAAACCACGGGGGGCAGGGGCAGCCGCCGCACCAGUACCACCAGUACCCGCCGCAUCCGCAGCCGGAGCCCUACCCGUACCCCUACCAGCACCAGCAGUACCCGCCGCUGUCCGCCGCGCCGGCAUCCCCCUACCUCGCUCCCUCGACCUCCUUCCCGGCCUACUCCCCCGCGCCGCAGCAGCAGUUCGCGCACCACUCCGGCCCUCUCCAGCCCUACCCGCCGCCGGCGCCGCACCAGCAGCAGGCGUACCCUCCGCAUCCGCAGCAUGCGUACCCGCCGCACUCGCAGCAGCACGGGUACCCACCGCCGUCUCCCUCGCCGUACGGUUACGACCCCUACCCGGCGUACCCCUCCUACCCGAGCCCGGCGCACCCCUCCUACCCGAGUCCAGCGAUCUCCCCCAGCUCCAGCUUCCACCACCAGCCCCAUCCCUCGGCCCCCGACUCCACCGCGGCCUCCUACCCGAGUCCGGCGAUCUCUCAUAGCUCCAGCUUCCACCACCAGCCCCAUCCCUCGGCCCCCGAAUCCCCCGCGGCCUACUACCCGAGUCCGGCGAUCUCCCCUAGCUCCAGCUUCCACCACCAGCCCCAUUCCUCGGCCCCCGAAUCACCCGCGGCCUCCGCACCACACUACCCCAUCGUCGAUGGGUUCGCCAACAUGCACCUCUCCGCCCGCCACGACUACACGCAGGCUCCCGUGUCGUCGCCCUCCGUACUGCCGCCUUCUGCCUCCUUUUCAAACAGUGGAGGGAUGCAGAUGGUGCCGUAUGGUACCGUCGCCGGAGGUGCACAGCAUGGCAGCAUGAGGGCGUCGCUGAAAGUGGUGCUGCUCCAUGGCAGCCUCGACAUUUGGGUGCACGAGGCCAAGAACCUCCCCAACAAGGACAUGUUCUCCAAGAGGGUCAGCGAGCUCCUCUCCGUCGGCGGCAAGUCCAAUGCUAAAAUGACAAGCGACCCCUACGUCACCAUCCAGGUCUCCUAUGCCACCGUCGCUCGCACCUACGUCGUUUCCAAUAGUGAGAACCCCGUUUGGGCGCAGAACUUCAAUGUGCCUGUUGGCCAUGAGGCCGCUGAGGUUGAGUUCGUCGUCAAGGACAGCGAUGUCUUUGGAGCUCAGCUCAUUGGAACUGUGGCCAUCCCUGCCGAGAAUCUUCUUUCUGGGGAUAGGAUUGAGGGCGUCUACCCAGUGCUAGAGCCCAAUGGCAAGCCAUGCGCUCCUGGUGCUGUAUUACAGCUCUCUAUUCAGUACAUCCCAGUGGCUCGCCUUACAAUGUACCACCAUGGUGUCAUUGCUGGUCCGGACUGCCUUGGAGUGCCCAAUACUUACUUCCCGCUGCGCCGUGGCAUGAGGGUGACCCUCUAUCAGGAUGCACAUGUGCCCGAUGGUUCUCUCCCAGAUAUCUGGCUUGAUCAUGGAUUGCGCUACCAACACGGGCAAUGCUGGCGUGACAUGUACAAUGCCAUAAGCCAGGCGCGGCGGUUGAUUUACAUUGUGGGUUGGUCAGUGUUCCACACGAUCGACCUCAUAAGGGAUGGAGCUGAGAAGGCACCAUCACUUGGGGACCUGUUGAAGAUGAAAUCGCAGGAAGGCGUUAGGGUAUUGCUUCUUGUAUGGGAUGAUCCAACAUCAAGGAGUAUUCUCGGCUUUAAGAUGGAUGGUUUCAUGGGCACGCGAGAUGAGGAAACACGUCGGUUUUUCAAGCACUCUUCAGUUCAAGUAUUGCUUUGCCCAAGAUCUGCUGGGAAGCGUCACAGCUGGGUGAAACAGCAGGAAACAGGAACCAUUUUUACUCAUCAUCAGAAAACAGUUAUUGUGGAUGCUGAUGCCGGCAAUUAUAGGAGAAAAAUAAUUGCUUUUGUCGGAGGUCUUGAUUUGUGUGGUGGGCGCUAUGAUACACCUGGGCAUCCUCUGUUUCAGACUCUUCAAACUUCACACAAGGAAGAUUAUUACAAUCCAAACUUUGCUGCAGUUGAUGCCAGUGGCCCAAGGGAACCAUGGCAUGACUUGCAUUCCAGGAUCGACGGUCCAGCAGCUUAUGAUGUUCUGAAGAACUUUGAGGAGCGUUGGUUGAAGGCAUCCAAACGCCAUGGGAUUAAGAAGUUGGGAAAAUCAAACGAUGAUGCACUUCUCAAGAUUGAAAGGAUACAUGAUAUUGUAAACAUUGCUGAUGCAAUUUAUUUUAGCGACAAUGACCCAGAGACAUGGCAUGUUCAGGUGUUUCGCUCUAUUGACUCAAACUCUGCCAAGGGAUUUCCAAAGGACCCACGAGUAGCAACCAUGAAGAAUCUUGUCUGUGGGAAGAAUGUACUAAUUGAUAUGAGCAUACAUACAGCUUAUGUGAAUGCCAUUAGGGCAGCCCAACACUUUAUUUACAUUGAGAACCAAUACUUCAUCGGUUCUUCAUUUAAUUGGGAUUCGAACAAAGAUAUUGGGGCUAACAAUUUGGUACCAAUUGAAAUUGCUCUCAAAAUUGCAAACAAGAUUAAGGCAAAAGAGAGGUUUUCCACAUACAUAGUAGUUCCAAUGUGGCCCGAGGGUAAUCCAACUGGUGCUCCUACACAAAGAAUUCUUUACUGGCAGAACAAAACAAUGCAAAUGAUGUAUGAGACAAUAUAUAGGGCCUUGAAAGAAGUAGGUCUGGAUGAUAUAUAUGAGCCUCAGGAUUACUUGAACUUCUUUUGUCUUGGCAAUCGUGAAAUUGGGGACAGCCCUAGUACUCCAAGUACUGCAAAUAAUCCUCAGGAUCAAGCUAGGAAAAAUAGGAGAUUCAUGGUUUAUGUACAUUCAAAAGGUAUGAUCGUAGAUGAUGAAUAUGUGAUCAUUGGAUCAGCUAAUAUCAACCAGAGGUCGAUGGAAGGGAUCAGAGAUACUGAGAUUGCAAUGGGAGCAUAUCAACCACAGUAUACAUGGGCAAAUAAAAUUUCUGCUCCCCGUGGACAGAUUUAUGGCUACAGAAUGUCCCUCUGGGCUGAGCAUAUUGGAAUUAUCGAGGAAGACUUUAACCAUCCAGAGAGCCUAGAGUGCAUGAGGCGGGUUCGUCAACUCGGGCAACAUAACUGGGAUCAGUUCUUUGCAAAUGAGGUGACUGAGAUGAGAGGCCACCUCCUCAAGUACCCUGUAAGUGUUGACCGUAAAGGCAAGGUGAAACCCUUGCCAGGAUGUGCGACAUUCCCAGACAUGGGCGGAAACAUUUGUGGCUCCUUCACGGCCAUCCAGGAAAACCUCACAAUAUGA